AUGCAGGAAGUGUAUGCAGAAGAUCCCCGGGUGUGGAAUGCAAUUUUUGAGAUCGUGGUGGCGGACCUUCGGAAAUGUGAAACUGAAGGGAUUCCAUUGGGAGGUGAUCAGGGCCAUCCUACAGACGAGCUCCAAAGGGUGCAGGGGAUGGUGGCGAUUACGGAGUUCAGGGAGGUGGGAUUUGCCACCUUUGUACCUGUGGUCAAGGGGUCGAUUGGGAAGACCUGUCACUUGGCUGCCAUGGACCAAGCAUUUCAAGUUGAACUUCCACUACCAUGGACUAGAGAAUCCCCUUUGACACGUGAGCUAUUGGUGGAUGGCAGUGUGAACGGAAAGACGAGGUUUUACCAAUUGGAUGUUUGGCACAGCAUACAUCUUGGCAUUGGCAAAACAUGGAUUGGAGGUGGAGUGAUGAUGUUAUCAACUCUGGUUCCGGGAUCCAACCAUGAUGAGAGAAUAUCUGUUAUCGCAUCUGAGUACUUGGCAUUUUGUCGCGAAGCUCGUUUGGACCCCAUUAUCCGGAGAAUUGAUUCCCGUACUUUUGGGACAACAACUGAUCCUACAGGAACCUGGAGUAAAGCUGGUGUAACCUCCAGCUUUAUGCUCUUCCUACAACAGUUCUGCGAGAAACGGGCUGAAGCAAUUCAGUGCAAUGAUCGCUUCCGGGUUUUUGUUCCUUUCCUGUAUGUUGGGGUUGAUUUUUACUUUUUAUCUGACAAUUGA